UAAAUAAAAUAAGUUCUGUUUGGAUAAAAGGCAUAAAAGUAAAAAAAUAAUUAAUAUUUUAACGAAUCAAUUUAAGUUAUGGCUAAUUCUCAGUUCGUCGUUUCAUCGAAAUUGCACGAUAAAAAUAUAUGUUCUGCUUUAAGUUGUUUGCAACAAAAUGGUGAGUUUGUUGAUAUGACUUUAGCGGCCGAUGGACACUUUGUGAAGGUCCACCAAGUUAUAAUAGCUAUAGCAAGCCCUUACAUCAAAGAUCUUGUCGCCUCAGCAAAUUGUCAGCAUCCUGUUAUAUUUUUAAAUAAAAUUUCACAUAGCACACUCUGUGCAAUACUAGAGUAUAUUUAUACAGGGGAAGUAAUAGUAUCAAUGGAGAAUUUAAAAGAAUUAGUAGAGGCCGGUAAAGAGCUUCACAUCAAAGGAUUAGAAGAUAUGACUUUAGCGCAUGCAACAUAUGUUAACUCAAAAAACGAAACAGAGGAUGAAGACAAGAUUGGAAUGAACGAAAUAUAUCUUGAAACCAGCAGCAUAGACAACUUUGCUACAGAGGACAAAGUUAAUAUGAACAUGGAAAUUAAAGACAUGAAUGAAGAUGAUGACCAGGAAAUAUUCUUAGAGGAUAUGGAACAAGAUGACAAAAUUAUCAAUGAAGAAAGCCAAGAUGACAAUGAUGACUACUUCACAGGAGAUCAUUCAUAUCAUGAUAAGAUCGGUAAACCUGUUCUGUCUUCAGUUGGCAUCUCUAAAGUAAAAAUCACCAAUGCUAAUAAAGAUACAGAAAGCUCUUCUCUGCAAUACACAGUGUCCAAUCAGGGCUCAUUACAAAUGAUACUGAACAGAUAUAUGUACUAUUUGAAGUACACGAACCGCAAUCGCUCGCGGCAAUGGCGCUGCGUUGAUUACUUAAAGAGUGUCCGCUGUCCCGCACAUGUUGUUACUAAAGACGAUGUUGUUGUACAAAGAAUAGCUGCACACACGCAUCCAUUUCACGAUGAGAGAAUUUUAAAGAAGUUAAGAGCGGGCGCCAUAUUCUCUGCUCUUGUGGAGGCUGAAAAAGAGGGAGAAAAUAUUCUACGCUCUAAAAGUAUCGAAGGUAAUAGAAGUGAAUAG